UUUUAAAAUGAGCACACAAGAUUUAUCUAAAGAACGUGUUUGUCCAAUUUGUCUCCAUCAUUGGAACGAUCCAACUGUUUUGGAUAAUUGUAACCAUAUAUUUUGUUUUGAUUGUAUAAUUGAAUGGACUAGACUUAAACCUGUCUGUCCACUGUGUAAGUGUUCUUUGGAAUUGUUAAAACAUCGCUUAUGGGUUAACGAUGCUGUUUUGCCAAAUUGGGAGUCUGAAGGGCAAAUUGAAAAUAUAAUGGAAUUGCGAAGUGAAUAUGAAUUGGAACGUUUAAUGGAAAAAUCUGCACGUCAACCAGAACAUGAGAGACAAGCAGUUAUUCAUUUGGUUAAACAUAUGCUUGGAGAGUUGUAUACUUUGCGAAAUAUGUCGAUUACUACUUAUGCGAGUGAUACAAUCUUCAAAAAUGCCAUCGAUGCCAUUAACAAAGAGCUUGACGAAUAUAAAAAACUUCUUAUUGCUUUUAACGAUGGAGCUGCAAGGGGUGAAUUAUUCAAAUCGCCAGCCUUUCGGCGUGUUGUUUAUAAAGAGAAUUUAUCGCCUAGUUCGAUUUGCCAGCCUUUGUUUAAUAUUGCAUUGAAUGCGGAUUAUAUAAAGAAUAAUAAGGAUAUUGUAAUGAAACAUAUAACGCCUUUUGUGAUUAGAGAAAUUUGUGCUUUGACUAGAAAGGAUGCUAUUGACAUUCAUGUAUAUAUGGAGAACAUUAUGGAUUAUUUCACAACCAAACUUAAACGGCAACAAAUUGUAUCGUUUCUAAGUCGACGAGGCAUAGAAAAUCCACACCAAUUUCUCAACAAUCUUCUUCAUUUUGCUUCGAGUGGUCAAACUUUGAAAGUUUAUGAUCAAAAUUCGGAAUAUCGUAAUGUUGAUGUUGAAGUUCUUGGUCAAAGUAAUAGUAAUAAUCGACGUUCUCAAAGCAAUCAUCAAAGUCCUGUUUCUAUGGAAAUACCCAAUAACAAUGCUUCACCGUCAAGUAAUUCAAAUUUUGCAAUUGGACUUGAUCCAGAGGACAAUGAUGAUGUUGAAAUUAUUCAAGUGAGUACUAAUAAUCAAAAUAAUCAACGUUCACGUUCGCUCAAUAACUAUUUUGACCCAAAUUCUAUGGAUGUUUCUGACAGUACUUCAGUUGCUUCACCAUGUAUUUAUACGCUAGAUUAA